AUGGGUUCUAAGCAAAACCGCCAACAAGACGAUCAGUCAUACUCUGAUCCAGCACUCUUCUGCAAGCUUGCUGGAUUGGUAUCAGACAUCAUUUUGGAUAAUAAGUUUUGGAAUGACUGUUUGCUAACUUCCAAACUAUAUGGGCCUUUAAUUCGGUUAUUGAGAAUAGUAGAUUCUGAUGAGAAACCAUCUCUAGGCUUUCUUUAUGAUGGCAUGUACAAGGCAAGGAAAGCUAUUAAGUUAAUGUUUAGAAAUGCCAAAAGGAUGUAUAAACCUUACACAAGUAUUAUAAAGAGGAGAUGGGAUAGGCAGUUAAGACAAGGCAUACAUUGUGCAGCUUAUUUUCUUAAUCCACAUUUUCAGUAUGAUAAAGAAAAUUUUUGCCAGAAAGCUGAAGUAAUGCAAGGUUUAAUUGAGCUGAUUGGAAAUAAGGAUAUUUGUCCUAAAUCAACAGCAACAAUGAAUGAAGUUAGGCUGUUUCGUGACAGUUUGGAAAGCUUUGGCAAACCAAUUGCACUAACAAUGGCCAAAGAAAUGCAGCCUGAUGAAUGGUGGAAGAUGUUCGGAUCAAGUGCACCAAACUUACAGAAAUUGGCGGUUAGAAUUCUUAGCCAAACAUCUUCAUCUUCUGGAUGUGAAAGAAAUUGGAGUGUAUUUGAACAAAUUCAUACAAAGAGAAGAAAUCAUUUAGAGCAUCAUUUGCUGUCUCAUAAAGCCUUGUUGGUGUCACGCAAGGAUUUAAAAAUCGGACCGGACCGGCCGGUUCAACCGGUUGAACUGGGAACUGGUCAGGCGUCCGGUCCGAUUCUACCAUUAGAGGCGGGCUGUAUUCAAACCGGCCAAAAACCGGUUCAAAUAACGGUUGAACCGUCGAACCGCCGGACCGGGAUCGUUGGAAAGAAUCGGCCGGUUUCAAAUCGCAUGAUUUUUGGCCGUUAA